UCAAGAUGAGAAGGCGGAGACUCGUGUGACUGAAAAGUUCAUCACGAGCUGGCGCAACUGUCGUAAAUCAGUUCGCAGCGUCGCACACGGAUCGGAUGAAUUAUUCGAAAUAUUCACAGCAGACUGCGGUCCAGAUCAAGGCAUAAAGGUAAAUCCUCAAACUAUUUCAUCCGGUACCUGGGGAUUGCAGAUUCUGAUGACUGAGAACGUUGCCUUCGGGAUCACCUUUAAUCCUCAACACUUGGAGAACGAGGAGAACGUGACGUCAUGCAUACCUUACAAAGGACACUGUGCCAACUCAGGUCCCAUCACUCCCCUGACGUUGUGCAGACUAAUCGACGAUGGAAACAGCCAUUCCAUGUACAACAAUUUCUGUCAAGGCAUGGAGCUAAUGAACGAGGGGAGCAAAUUCAUGUCAUUCUCGACGCACUACCUUUUUGACUGGUCCCAGCUUUAUGAAGUCAACAGGCUGUCCUACUUCCCCUACAAGGUCCUCACUAGACUGUACCAAGUCAAACAACCAUACGUGCGCACCACCCAGACGCUUAUCAACAUGCUGAAUGGUAAAUCUGUUGUCAGAUGUUUCAGUGAAAACAUUCUCGUUGACGUCAGGACUAGAAGACAGAAACUAUUACCGUAUUGGUUCGUUGACAGGUAUACGAACUUUAAAGGUGUCGUGACCGACAUAGUCUCGGCCAAACAAGCACUUACAGGAAGUUGGACGUGUCCGGAAGUACCAAUUUCACCGUCGCCAUUUUGUUUGUCUGUGACCGUGUUGGAGAAUGAAACGGACUUAAACAAGUUUCUGUACAAAGACGCGUUUAUGAGAUAUAGUUUUGAGUGUGUUGAUUUUGCCUGCAGGCAGAAACGUUUCCCCUAUCUUGGGGAAACGUUGUCCGAACUCAACGUUUCGGAAUUAUCCGUAUGCCACCAUGGUGAUGCACGGGUAGGUGAUUGUCUGACAGUGUUGUGCUGGCAAAGGGAACAGGCUGAUGUUCUGUAUUGUGUUAUCAGGAAAAAUGCUAGUAUUAUUUUUACAUGCAAGAUGACCUUCGAUUUGAGUUCCUGAAGAUUAAGUCUGUGUGUUAACCUGCGAAGUCAUGAACUCGCAUAGUAAACUUGUGAAGGCAAUAUCACAACAACGUGUGUUUAUUAGAAGUGUUGACUUUUAUAACAUCAUUUGUACACAACUCGAUUACCACCAGACUGUAAUAUGUGACGUAUAUUGUUAUUUUAAGCUUGGUAUGGGAGUUUGGCUCGGUAUGCUAGUCGUUCUUGUGGUAUCUCAUCUUCUACGUGAUUUUUCUGGAACAUUGAAAACAUGUUCUGAAGCAUAUUUGUUUUGUUUUCUGAAUGGCACAAGGCACAUUUGUUUGAUUGUUUCCAAGUUAUUCAGCUGCUUGAUGGGACCAACUAUGUUAUCUUCUGGUGAGGAUUUCGACAAAAAACAGCUUGAGAAAAAUAGGACUAGAAAGAAUGAAAGUUGCUUAAUCUUGGGCUGAAAACAAUUAUUUUGUAAGAGGUUAACAGGAGUUUUAGUGUAUUAUGCAUAAAGAGUGGGCGAAUGAGUAUAGUUUCACGCCGCUUUUAGCAAUAUUCCAGCAAUAUCAUGGCGGGGGACACCAGAAAUGGGCUUCACACAUUGUACCCAUGUCGGGAAUCGAACCCGGGUCUUCGGUGUGACGAGCUAACGCUUUAACCACUAGGCUACCCGACCGCUCCCCAUGCACAUAGAACAAAUAAAGUGGCGAAGCACUUAAAUUUGUAUCGAAAGGAAAUCAUGCGAGUAUUGACAGAGGGGAACGCAUGGUUCUUUCCCAGUGUGUGUGUGUGUGUGGUCGAAUGGAGGUCGAAAAAAUAACCCGUCACAUACUUACAAAACUCCAAGGAUUAUUAUAUGCCUUUGGCCACCUCUCAGCUACCACGAGACUGUAAUAUAUGACAUUUUCGCUUGUUUUAAGCGUGGUGUUGGAGCUAGGCUCUGUAUGCUAGUCGUUCUUGUCGCAUCGCGUCUUUUCGUGUAUUUUCUGGAAACAUUCUAAACGUGUUCCGAAGCAGAUUUGCUUUGUUUUCUGUUUGAGAAGCGAGUCCAGUGUUCCAAAUCAUAAUUGAGACUCAAUCUGACCCGCUACAACAAUACCCAUAAUGGUCCACUUUGUUAAUAAGCACCAUGGUAUGUCAUAUCUGAACAACCGGUUGGUAAGUAACACUAUUAUACAAUCAGCCUGAUACUUUAUUUAUUGAAUAUUUUUGCUACAUCUCAGGAUAUCUGUGAAAUAAAUACGUGCGAAAUACA